CCCAGCGAGCCAGGCUGCUGCUGCAUUCAGCUGGGGUGGCCCCCAGCCUCGCCCCAGCCAUGCUGCUGCGGCUCACCCCUCACGGCUGACUCGUUACUCCUUAGUGCCUGGGGCUGAACAGAGGAAGCGAUGAAAUUUCCAAUCGAGACUCCAAGAAAACAGGUGAACUGGGAUCCUCAAGUGGCUGUUCCCUCACCAGUGCCAGCUUGUGAACCUGAGCCUAAAACUAACGGGCACUACCCAACUCCACGACUCUCUGUUCCACCCCGAGCCACUGUUGUUGCAACCAUGGAAGCCCCUUCUCAAGGCCUGCAAACAGUCAUGAAGUGGAAGACAGUCGUGGCCAUCUUUGUUGUGGUGGUAGUUUACCUGGUGGCAGGAGGACUUGUCUUCCGUGCCCUGGAGCAGCCCUUUGAAAGCAGGCAGAAGAACACGAUUGCACUAGAGAAGGCUGACUUUCUUCGGGAGCACGUUUGUGUAACCCAGCUAGAGCUGGAGACACUGAUUCAGCAUGCUAUCGAUGCUGAUAAUGCAGGAGUCAGCCCCAUAGGAAAUUCCUCGAAUAACAGCAGUCAUUGGGACCUUGGAAGUGCCUUUUUCUUUGCUGGAACAGUCAUUACAACAAUAGGGUAUGGGAACAUUGCCCCAAGCACUGUUGGAGGCAAAGUUUUCUGCAUCUUGUAUGCCAUCUUUGGGAUUCCACUGUUUGGCUUUUUGCUGGCUGGGAUUGGAGACCAACUUGGAACUAUCUUUGGGAAGAGUAUUGCAAGGGUGGAGAAAGUUUUCAGAAAAAAGCAAGUGAGUCAAACAAAGAUCCGUGUGAUUUCUACCAUCCUCUUCAUCCUGGCAGGCUGCAUUGUCUUUGUGACCAUUCCUGCAGUUAUCUUCAAACACAUUGAGGGAUGGACAGCCUUGGAGUCCAUCUACUUUGUGGUUGUCACUCUGACUACUGUUGGCUUUGGUGACUUUGUAGCAGGAGGAAAUGCUGACAUCCAUUACCGGGAGUGGUAUAAACCCUUAGUGUGGUUUUGGAUCCUUGUUGGCCUUGCCUAUUUUGCUGCUGUCCUGAGUAUGAUUGGAGACUGGUUAAGAGUAUUGUCUAAGAAGACAAAAGAAGAGGUGGGAGAAAUCAAAGCCCAUGCAGCUGAGUGGAAAGCGAAUGUGACAGCUGAGUUCAGAGAGACACGGCGGCGGCUCAGCGUGGAGAUCCAUGACAAGCUUCAGCGGGCAGCCACCAUCCGGAGCAUGGAGCGCAGGCGCCUGGGCCUGGAUCAGCGAGCCCACUCCUUAGACAUGCUGUCUCCAGAGAAGCGCUCGGUCUUUACUGCCUUGGAAACAGGACGCUUCAAGGCUUCUUCUCAGGAAAGCAUCAACAACAGGCCGAACAACCUGCGCCUUAAAGGGCCAGACCAGCUCAACAAGCAUGGGCAGGGGGCAUCUGAGGACAACAUCAUUAACAAGUUUGGAUCAUCUGCUAAGAUGACCAAAAGGAAAAACAAAGACCUCAAAAAGACCAUCCCUGAAGAUGUGCGUAAAAUUUACGAGACCUUCCGAAACUACUCCCUGGAUGAAGAAAAAAAGGAAGAGGAGACGGAGAAGAUGUGUAAUUCUGAGAACUCUUCUAGCACUGCAGUCCUAACCAACUGCAUCCAGCAGCACUCAGAUCUGGAGAACGGAGUGAUCCCCAAUGAAACCAAAGAAAGGGAACAUGAAAACAAAGCAUUACUUGAAGACAGAAGUUAAAUGUAAAAGAUGCUUGACUUGAAUUAACAAUGUUAAUGUUUUUAUAUACAUAUAUAUAUUGAGACACGUGCCUUAUACAGACUCCUUAUUCAGUCUGGAUUAUAUAGCAUUGAAGAAUAUUUCACUGUGCCAUAAAGACUCAAGCUUGCUCUGCCAAAACAAUUCAGGAACACAGCACUGCAUAAUGGCAACAGAAAGCUACGCACAUGGAAAUUUCAGCCUGUGUAAGAUUACUGGGGCAAGACACAAAGGAAGAGACUGAACCAUGGCAAUAUCACCAGUGCUCCUACCAUAUCAGACAAAGGGCAGCUACGUAAGAAGAGCAUUUGAAAGGGAUGAAAAGGAGCCUGUCUUUGUAACAGAGUAGGCAUCCGUAAAGCCUUCCCCUGGUGAUUUAAAAGAGGAGAAAUGCUUGGAAUGAACUAGAAACUUUCAGUAAGGCUUAGUUUAUGUUUUGGCACGUGAUCCAAGCUAGAUUUUUCUUGGUUUUGUUUUGAUUUUGAAUGAGAUGCAUUUUCUUUCUAAACUGCAGAAGAAUGUCCACAGACACAGCCACCAGCUGGGUGCUGGUUUGAAAAACACAGACGUCUUUAAGGGUCAGAUUGCUCUUUUCAUUACAAUUAAAAUAAAAUAAAAAAAAAAUUUAAAAAAAAGAAAGAAAGAAAGAAAGAAAGAUAAAAACCUCUGUGGGUAUUUAACCAAACCACUGACAGACAAAAAAAAAGAAAAGAAACAAAUGGAUUUUUUUUUCUUGUGUAGGAAAUAUUCAAUGAACUCACAGCAAGAAAGAGCGUAUGAAGAAAAUCUAACAUCUUGUGCUACGUUGUUUAGAAGAAGAGAAGCAUUAAUUUAACAUUUGGCCAGCUGUAUAAAACAGUGGGCCAACAGGUUUUUAAAAAGAAUUUCUCAUUCACACUUUCUACCACUGAGAAGCACCCUUUGAUUUUAAUGCUCUAGGACUAUGAAGACAGAAGGAAAGCUAUAGCUUUUGCAUGUCAGCAAACUGCUGUUCUCUGUAGCUGAAUCUGACUUUUUAAAAAUAGACACAAAGGCAUAUGUGUUAUUCAAAUGAGGGCCAGGGCACCAUAGAAUCUCAGGGCUCUCUACUCCUUUUGCUGGAUUUUUGGGUUUAGACACGAGCUGCAGUCAUAAUCUCAGAAAAUGUAAAAAAGCAGAAAAAGAAAUUUAGGAAAAGAAGUUGAGAAAAUAUGGUGGUGAUCUUUGAAGUGCUUCAAGCUUUAAGUGCCAUUAAUGCUGUCAUAUUUUGUAACUUUUUAAACAAGUGUUUUGAAUUAUUUGUUUUAUUUCCUUUCAGGUCCUCUCUUUAUUUGACAUUUGCUCUCUUGAUAAAACCUGAACAUGAGCUUUCUGCAUUUCUAGACUUCACUGAAAUGUAACCAAACUAUGGGCUUUUUUAAAGUAUCUUUUGUGGGGUCUGGACAUAUAUGGAUUUAAGAACUACAAAUAUCCCUAGACUUUGCAGUAAACAGUCAAAGAAAGGCUGCAAAAUAAUUAAUGGAAUUGCAAAACAGGGUAAAUUCUGGUAGCCUCAGCCUGUGGGCUACUGUGUUUGCCAUGGCAGAUAGAAGAUUUUGCAUGUUGGAAAUGAGAUACACACGAUCGCACCAGCAGUGCUUUCCCUGCGCCUUCACAAAAGCCUCAAGAGCCUGCAGUUCAGACUGCAGUCUUACAGAUAAAACAAGCGCGGAUGUAGGUGGCAGAGACAUACAUACAAAUUUGUCACACACACAGGCAGUCACAGGUCAUACAGGCACAGACUUUGGGAAUGCAUGCCCACGUCUGCGUACACAGAGAUGCAUGCUUCAGUUUCUGUGGUACUGUCUAAGAUUUUAUGCACAAUGAGCCAGCUGCAAAUCUAAUUGGUCAUUGCAGCACACUGCCAUGGCUAUGAAUAGAAGCAUGGCAAUGCAAAUGCAAAGUUUGUGUAUGCCUCUUUACAUACCUAGUUGAUUGGACAAUUUGCAGCAGUGAGCCCAAUGCCACUAGCACGAAGGCGGGAAGAAAUUCCUGUGUGUUCUGUCUGCAGGUUCACUUUGCUUGAAAUACUGCAUCAUCUUUCUAAUGUUGUUAUCUGUCUGAAAAUUAAGGAUGAAAAAAGAGUAUUUGAAAAAUGUCGAGUCAUUUGGGAUUGCUUUAACUCAAUAAGAUCCAACAGAAAUUAAGUUCUGCUUAGUACACCAAUGAAUCUCUUUCAGUGCAGGGCUGCACUCUGGCUUUAGCUUACUGGAGGUAGAGCAUCAGCCACAUGAAAGCAUCUUGUCUGACUCUGAAAGCAUGCAAUGCAUACAGAUUGUGCUAACAAUUCUCCUUGGUUACCAAAUGCCAAAACCAACAUCAUCCAUGCAGUGUUAUUUGUUCCUCAACUGAGUUCUUCUCACAAGAAACGUUUGCCUGUAAUGGAAAAGUCCUGCAUAGAUGCAGAGGCAGCUGUAAGAAUAUGGGAGAUGCAUUUGCUGUAUGUGAAGCAUAAGGCUUAGUCAUAGCCACAGCAUUUCUGCUGACCAGGGUCAGGGAAAGCGAAGUCUGCCUCAGAGGACUUGUCUGUGUGAGCAGGGAGCUGGACAGUGGGUGAGUCACAGAAAACAUGACAACAUGAACAAAGGAACCGAGGAGGCAAAGUUUAGUGCCCAAAUUCGGAACUAGUUAUUCUGAUGCAUUCUUGGCCUAUUCUUCAUCUCUAAGCUUUCUGAGCUCUCCAUCUGUCCUCUGUCCAAGUUCUAGCUGAUGAUGUGUGUGUCUCACUCUAGUUUCUGCCCGGCCAUGCCAUGCCAUGCCAUGCACAAAUGCCUGUCUGACAUCAGAUGUGUCUUCAUCAAUUGCUGGUUUGGGCUAAGAUAGUUUCAGGGUCAAAGGGUAAUGCUGAAUAAAUUUUCAGUGAGGUACUGAACAUAGCAUCUAAUGAUCUUUUACAUGAAAGCAAAAUGCUCUCUUUCAUUCUCACAUUUCUGUGCAUGGAACUUAAUGAACAAGCAGCCAGUCCCCUACUGGAGAAAAUAUUUUCUCCUAUAUGAUUGGUUAUAAAAUACCUCAAUAUAUAUAUAUA